UAUUCCAUCUUAGCAACGACUCUCAUUAUAUAGCUGUGGACGAUCCACAAGCAAUCAACAACACUGGAAAACAGCCCUCGAUCUGCCCAAAUUAACACAAAUACAUACAACAGCCGCGCGCAAGCUAACUCUUCUUAAUGGCUGAGGCAGUUAUCAGAAAGAUUGAAGCCACUCAUGGCAUGGAUAACUUUUUGUUCUCCACAGGGCCUCUUCUCUCAGUCAUUCAAGCUAUCUUGAGCCUUUCGGCCGACCACCACAGAGAUGCUCAGGGAAUUGAGGACGUUCGAGUUACAUCUGUGGUAGAUGUAAAUUUUGACAAUGACAGCAUGCAGAAAAGGUUGGUGCUUAAGAUAAACGCCAUUUCUUGGGAGAUAUUGGGCAACUGUUCGGGCGGUGAAAAUAUGCACGAGACGGUGUUGGCCAUUUUUAAUGCGCUCUCGCCGUUCUUCUGGGCAGGAAAGGGCGUGAUAGCCCUGGCGGCGUUUGCUGUGAAUUAUGGAGAGUUCUGGCUCGUGGAGCAGCUUCGUUCCAGCAAUAAUCCGGUAGCGCAAUCACUUGCAUCUCUUGAGCCACUGCCAAGAGACGAGCAGCUAACGAUGUUCCGAGACAUGUCUCGAUUGUUCCAGGCGAUUCUGAAGCUGGCAAAGUGCAUAUGCGAGUCCUACAACUUGCCAUCAGACAGGUAUUUUAGGCCCGACGAGCCCAUGUACAUCAGGUUGAUGGCUCAGAUCCCUGAGUAUACCUACUGGAUCAUCAGGACCAUUGUGAUUUGUCAAUCAAACCUCAAUGCGUAUGGAUACACAACAUCCAGCAAUAUUGAAGCAUCAAAUUUCUCUAUGCUUGUUGAGAAGGUGAACGAACUUUAUUCCGCCAUGCGAAGCCAAUUGGAUUUAUGUUACCGGACAGCUGAGAAAAAUAGGAUAGAUGAGGUUUCUCACAAGUUAAAAAGGCUGACAGAAUCAACCAGUCACAAAGACAAUGUGAUUGUUCUCAAGGCAUUGAUUUCUGAAGACGAGGAUAAGCCACUGUAUGAUGGUUGCACCCAAAGCUUGGUAUCCAUCGAGUCGUUGGGAAAAAAAACAGUGCUACUAUACCUAUCAGAACUCAAGCACAUGUACAAGUCUCCUGCACUUUCAGUUAUAUCGGAGAUGUACCUUGCAACGGAGAAGAAGCCCGAGAACUACGAAAUAUUGUGGGUUCCGAUGGUCGAAAGAUCGUCUGUAACCGAAAAGGAAACGUCGAUGUUCAACGAUCUUCGGAACAAGAUAAAAUGGUUGUGUAUUCGCGACCUUUCGUUGCUUGAUCCCGCAAUCUUGGAGUUCAUAAAAGUUGAAUGGGAAUUCAAGAGGCACUUAUCAAUGAUUAAGGUGCUUGAUAAAGAAGGAAGACUCGUGAGGAACCAUGAUGCAGUGCAUAUGUUUUUCAUCUGGGGGACUUCAGCUGAUCCCUUUACUGCGAAAAGAGAAGCUGAGCUCUGGGCAAACGAAACUUGGGGAGUUGAAUUGCUGUUGAACUACGUUGUACCUUCAGCCAUUGACUGGGUUAAGGAAGGGAAACAUAUAUGCUUGUAUGGAGGCACGGAUAUUGAGUGGAUCCGGCAAUUCACAAGCACACUUUUAGGCGUAUCACAACAUGCCCAAAUCCAACUGAAGAUGAUUCACAUGGACCAGAGAGUCAAGAUGAACAACACUAUUGCAACUAGCGAUGAUGUAACGUUAGACCUUAAGCAGACUAUGGCAUUCUGGGCUAGGCUGCACAGCAUCUGGCAGUCCCGAGUGCAAAGUGGAAUGUUCCCAGAGAGCGAUGAGAUCAUACGCAACGUCUUCAAGAUGUUUAGCUUAAACCAGAGUGGGAGGGGAUGGGCAAUAGUAAGCAGUGGCGCAAAGGAAAUGGCUAUUGGAAUGGGGGACACAGUGUUGAAAGCUUUGUUAGAGUAUGAUAAGUGGAAGGAGUCUGUGGUGAGUAGAGGCUUUGUUCCAGCCCUGCGAGAGUAUAUGACUCAUGUCGGCACUAGUAUAUAUUGCAACACCUUUGCGGUGUCGAAGACUUCGAGAGGACUUCCGGAGAAGAUGAUUUGCUUCGAAUGCAGAGGUCAGAUGAAGAUGUCGACUAGAUUCGUUUGUUUCGGGGAUUAGGGGGUGGUAGUAGCUAGACAUACUUGAGCGACGUGGUUUGGCUAAUGUAGUUCAAGUAGUUGUGAGUACAGCAGUAUUCAAUAAUCUUUGGUAUUUGGGUAUGUGGCUUGGAGUGCCUAAUUUAUUGACGUUUCAUUUGGGAAGACAUUUGUACAUGUAUUGUGUGUUUGUGAUGUAGAUGAUAAAUUGGAAAUGAAGAUACAAACCGAGUGGUUUCAUAA